CAUUAAACAUCUAGUUACAGGAUUUCAUGAUAAUCACGGGAGUGUCUCAACAAACAGUCAUGGCGACAAAGUCUUACCAAAAUCAGGCUCAGGUGCCGCUCAAGAACUACUUGCUAGCGGAUCUGUUCAUUCCAAACACUUCCAUCCUAACUGGCAUACUUGCUUGCAAAGUGGCCUAUGAGCCUACUCAAUUACUCAGUAGUGUCUAUGUCAAGACUUAUGCUGGUCUUACAAAAAUGCAGAAGAUAGAGUGGAACAAGCCCUUGCUGCUCUUGUUACCUUCCAAAACUCACUACUAUCAACAUUUGGUUUGGGCGUAAGUGAUUUUGUUUGUAUCAUCCUCAUGCAGCUUCCUCUUAGCAUUUAGUUCAUAAUGGUGGCACAUUUAUCUUUUCUUCCAAAAAGGGUGGAAGGAGCUCAGUUCCCUUAAAUAAGACAUCAAGUUUGAGUUUUGUGUAUAAAAAAAUAGGUAUUGAGAGAGCUUUUUCGUAUGGGAUCUGAUACAGCUCGAUUCUAGAUUUUGGAUUAAUCAGGGUCCAAUAUGGCUUUUGGAUACCAGGAGGUUAGUACCAAAAAUGCAUGUUGAGGGUGGAUCUCUUCCUUAAACUCAUUCAGAACUUUCCUGGAUAAAUUUGCUCUACCAGCUUAUACUUCAAUACCUAUGGUGUACUCUUGAUGAAUUAUGAUGCUUGACAGGCAUCUGUUGGGUACUUCCUUAUGGAUCUUGUAAUGAUUUUGUGGCUAUAUCCUUCUUGGUGGGGAAUAGAAUAUGUUGUCCACCACUUCUCUUCGAAAAUUGCAGUAGCAUAUUCAAUGUUCACUGGAGAAGCAAAGCUUUAUACAUGCAUGAUUCUCAUUUCUGAGGUCACAAUUCCCGAGAUUCAUAUGAGAUGAUGGCUGGGAUGAAGAGAUACAGUGCAUAUCUCAUUAAUGGUGUUGUGAUCUUUUUUGCAUGGCUGGUUAUUUAGAUGCACACCUUUGGUUGUGUCUUGGUUUUUGUGGUGCCAUUGGUAUUAGGCAUCCUGAACUUGGUGUAGUUUGGUAAGAUUGUUAAGGGAUUAAGGGAAACUCUAGCGAAAAGGCAAUGAAGGAUGGAUGAAUGUUGUAAGAAGAAAAGAAUCCAGGUCCUGCUUUUGCUUGGUGUAACAUCUUCCGGCUUCAUUUUACUUCUAAGUUAUUUAAAUGCUGGAAGUAAUGAAGGUAGAAGGAAAAAAAAAAUCAAGUUUAUUGUAUUUU